AUGCCCGAGAGGAGGGGUCGCGCGGGGCAGCCAGGCCUGGGCCCAGCCGGCCUCCCGCCCCGCCUGUGGCCCUCCCACGUCCGGCCGGCCCCGCGAGGCCACGCUCUGCGUGGGGCCCCCACCUCCGGCCUGGGAGGAGGGCUAGGAGCUCCAUUGAUGUGCCCACUUCUUCCUGCUGGAAUUCAGGAGGCAAGGCGACUGGGCCGCGAGGAGGGCCUGGCGACGGCCGGCGCGAGCGCGGGGCGCGCCGAGACUAGGCCCGCGACCAGGCCCGAGACCGCCUUCCUCGCGGCCCCAGGCGCGCCCCGGGGCCGGAGCGGGGCGCAGGCCCGGCCGCUCUCCACACCCCACCCCGCCGUGGCGCCCCGGCCUCCGCUCCGAAGCGGCUCCGGGAAAGGGGGCCCUGGCUUCCUCCUGCACGGCCUCCCCUUCCCAGCCCCUCUAAACCAGGGGCUGAGACUCGCCGGUGACCCCGUGCCCGUGCCCCGCGAGGAUGGAAGAAAACAGACGCUGCGCUCUGUCUGCAGACAAAAGGCCUCCGCGUGCAGGACUGGCCCGAGCACGUUUCGCACCCGCCUCCACCUAGGCGGGGCAGGUGGUCGGGGUGGUCGGGAUAGAGAGCCCCGACUGAUCCCAGAAACGGAACAGCUCCGAGGCCCAGGGCAUCGGCACGACCCGGCAAAGCAAGUAGUGAGUGGCCUUCUAGAAGACAACAGAAGGCUCUCUACCGGGGAAAACGGAGCUGAAAGUUGCCAGCGAACUGCCUGGCCCGAGCUCCCCUCUCGCUCACCGAGGCGGGGAAGCCGGUCGGCGGCCGUGGCUCUCCGCAGGCCUGGGCCCGGCUUCCCCGAGGCAGAGAGGGGGGCUGGCGGCGGGCAGGAGCGCUCCAAAGCGGCGCGGCCAAGUCCCCCCGCGGCCCCUCCCCGGCGGCCUCCCCGCAUUGUCCGCUGUCAUCCCCGACCCCCCCGGCGGCUGCUCCGGUCCACAGGCAGCGCCGGCGCCCCCCUUCCCGGCCCGGGGCAUCUCGGAGGAGGGAAGGGAGAAGGGGAGAGCCCCGACCACGCCUGCGAUGUGCUCCGGGAUCGGCCGCAGCCCCGGGUUCGCGGCCGCCAUGAAGCCGGCGGCGGCGCGCGGGGCGGGCCGGGCUCUGGCGAGGCCACGCGGGCCGGCUGCUGGCGGAAAUCUGCAAAAAUCCACGUGAGCCGCCCCCUCCGCCAGCUGCCCGCGGCCCCUGACACGGCGGCAUUGAAGCCGGCCCGGAGGUCCCCGAGGUCUCCGAGUGUGACAACUGUAUCCCAGGCCUCUCCAACUGACACUCCUUGGAGCAAGCCAGGGAGAGGCGGCAGGGAAGCCCCGGCACUUCAGGAUUCCGAGAGCGCCUUCAAAGCGUCCCCUCCGCCCCACCCACCCCCCAACCAGUUAGCCAGAGAGCUGAGCCAGGCCUCCCUCAACACAAAGCAGACAGGCGCCUCGGCCAAGGGGCGGGAGAGCCCCGCUCGCUCCAAGGCGUCUCUGGCCCGACCUGCUCGGCCUGUGGAGCCCUCCUCCGUCCGGCGCCAGGAGGAAGCCACGCCACCUUUGCACCUCUGA